UCAAAAUAGUUUUUUUAAGUCUGUGGUUCUUAUAAACAAAUAGUCGGGUCGGUGAUGUUAUCGAACAAAAUAUCUGUCUUUAACAAAUACUUAAAUUGACAAAUCAGUAUAAGCUUAUACAAAUAAACAAAGUAAUGGAAGCUACUAAAACAAUGGUCCAUCUGGGAUACGCAUUUAAUAGUGGUAAGAUUAAAUAAUUUAUGACUCAAACUUAUCACAAUGUUUGUCUAUCUUAUUUCGUUAAUCUAUCGCUUAAAAUUUCAGAAGGACAAUUAAGGAAAUUAGGCCCCGAUGGUCAACCGAGUGACGAACCAUUUCAGUUCAAUAUUAGUGAUGAGCAUCAUGAAUGUCAAGCUCAUUAUGAAGAAUUAGGCAAUGCAAUAACAAACUAUAUUUACCAUUUAUUAGAAGCAGAACUGAGUCUGAUACGGUUGCCUGUACCUAUAGACGCUAAGCCUGGAGCAGGAACUUUUAUAUUUGCUUCAAAAAGUUAUGAUCACAAGGAUAUAUUAAUGAUUUUAAUAAAUGGUUCAGGGGCAGUCCGUGCUGGACAAUGGGCGAGAUCACUUAUUAUCAAUGAGAGUUUAGAUAAAGGGACACAGAUACCAUACAUAAGAAGAGCUAUAGCCAAAGACUAUGGUGUGAUGAUUUUAAAUACCAAUGAUAAUUAUGAAGUGAAUGGUAAGAAAAUAAAAAAUAGUAGCAAUGCAGAAGAGCAUGCACAUUAUGUGUGGGAAACUUAUGUAGCAAAAACCAAAUCAUCAUCAAUAGUCAUUGUGGCUCAUAGCUAUGGAGGCGUGGUUACAGUCACAUUAGCCGAUCAACUGAAAACUGAAUUCGAAAGAAGAAUUAAGGCUAUAGUAUUUACAGAUUCUGUUCAUGCAUUUUCACCUAUAAAAAUGCCCAAGUUUAUGAAGGAAAUUUCAAGAAAUUGGAUAUCUUCAUCAGAACCUCUAGACACUCCAAUGAAAACUCCAGAAUUUGAUUGUCACAGAGUAUCAGCAGGUCACCCAAAACAUGAGAUGUCAUCGUGUGCAUGUAUUGAUUCUGCCUUUAAAUUCAUUGAGGAAAAACUUACUGGAAAUUAACUUAACAAGCUAAUUUUAUUGUAUAGUGUAUUACAAAACUGCAAAUGAAUAAAAAUGAUAACACAAAUUGUUAAUUUAAACAUAUAUUUUAAUUAUAAUUUUUAUUAUAUAUAGUUUGUAAUCCUACUUCUUUUUACCUUUUGAGUAGUGUUUCAUCCAGUAUUUUAUAUCUUGUUUGUUUGCUCUCACUCCUAAGACUGCUGAUUUAGAGUUUACAUCCUUCACAGCAAAAGGUGAAAACCCAGCUGUAUAAUCUGGGUCCAAAGCGUUUGUUUUAUUUCUGGCUAAUUUAGUAGCAAAUCUUUUGUGAAUAUGUUGAUCUUCGGUAAGGAUUGGGUACUGAAAAUGUUGUCCUCCUCUGGGUGUGGGUAAACUGAACCUCUUGCCCCUAGCAGUCAGUGGUUUACGACCAUUUAUGUGUAUAUGCUGGUUUCCUUCCUCAUCAAUGCUCACUGCCACCUUUCGAAGAGUAGCAUGACCACAUUUAGGACAAAAUAAUUUUGUCAUGACACUAGUAGUUUUGAAACAUGUUGUGCAUCGGAAAAUGAAUGUCCUUAACUGUUUUAUUACUCUGCCAUCAAUUGCUGUUACAUUUAAUCCAAUUUGUCGUAGAACAUUCUGCAUUGCAAAGUCAGACGUUAUACAAGCAACCUCAACUUCUUUUUCCUCAAAGUCUCCUAACUCUGUUUCUUUUUUCUUUUGUGCAAGAUUUCCAGGUGUAAUCCAUUCACCUCCAUCACUGUCUGAUUCUUCACUGGUAUAUUCCUCAUUUUCUUCUAAAUCUACUUUUACUAUUAAAUUGUCUAUCUCCUUAUCUUUCAAUUCCAUAUUUUCGAUUUGAAUUGUAAUUUCUUCAGCUAAUUCGCUGCUACUAUUAUUUUGUUCCCGUUCUUCUGAAUCAGUUUUAGGAGACAUAAAAUGUUGUUGUAUUUGUUGACUUGUGUCCUCUUCUAAAUUUUCUGAUGCCUCAGAUUUAAGAGGUGUAUCAGAGUCAACUCUAUUGUCUAUAUUUUCUGGAUGAGGAUUAAAACCAGCUAAUCCAGUAACUUUCAGCGUUCUCUGCAUAGUAGGUUCAGUUUUCAAAUGAUCUGUACCAAUUUUUUCUUUCUCAAGCUGAUAAGUCAACGCCAUAACCUUAAUGUCAGUUGCAGAAAGGCUUGUAUAGUCACCUGUCUUCUUUGAGAAAUCUGUUACAAAUUUAAUAUGUUCGGAGAAGACUUCUUUCGUUUUUAAAUCGUACGGUAACACCACAAGUUUACGUCUUUGCCUAUCAUUGGUGAUUUCAUCUAUUACCUCCUGUAUUGUAUACACAUUCUCAGCCAUAUCUUGUAGGUUUGCAGCUUUAAUAAAAGCAGUUGUAUCCACAACUAAGUGCUUAAUUUUCUUAGCCAUUUUAAAUAAUAUCAGAUGUUUUCAUUGAGAAACAAAAAGUAAGACUACACACGUGUUCCAUACGCAAAACUCCAAGCAAAGAGUAAAAGUAUAUAUCGAAGACGUCCACGACCAAGAGAACAAAGUAGUGAUGCGACUCGAGUCUCUAUACACU